AUGAUGUUUGCAGGUGAUUUCAAACUUGUUAGUGUCCAAUCUAAAAAAUGUGCUUCAGCUCAAGAGUGUGUUGAUGGCUCUAUCAACUUGGGAGUGCUCAAAAUUGUGACCAGCAGCCAGUGCUGCAAUACAAGUUACUGCAACGCUAAAGACAUCCCUGAGCCCACCAGCUUCACUGAAAAUGGCAGAAGGUGCUUGAGCUGUGAAGGACUAGAGUGCGGUCGAACUCUAAACUGUGCGAAGAAUGAAGACUACUGCAUCAAAUCAACAAUGAAAAAAGACGGACAAAAACUGACCAUGAAAGGCUGCGCGUCCAAGCUGAUGUGCCAAGAUAAAUACAUUGCAGACGCCCAAGUAUCAACUGGAGCAGAAAUCAGCUGUUGUCAGGGUGACUACUGCAACAGCGCCAGAAGCAUAAGUGCUGAGCUGCUGCUGCUGUUCGUGCCACUGGUCACUUUGAUUUUAUUUUAA